AAAUGACCAAAUAACCGAGGAAUUCCUGCACUAGAGGGCAAGAAUGGAGGCCCUGAGCGAGCGACGAGCUCGAGACCUCUUGCACCUUGUCACCGAAUUCCUGCAAUUCCUGAACUACCAGGAUACGGUGAAGGCUCUCAUUGACGAACGUGGAGCAAAACGCGCGCUGCUGAACAACUCGCUGCUAUCGGCUAGAGCACAGACAAAGGAUGCUCGUGAGAGACUUCGGUCUGAGAUGCUGCGCAAGUUUGACGAGGGGCGGCGCGACGACUUCUUCCUGUUGUGGCAGCAGUAUGUGCCCGCCUCACAGCUGGGGUUUGACUUCGAGACCCAGAAGCGCGAGUUCUAUCUCCAGGUCUACUUCGCCAUCUACCCGGUGCUGCCCUCCUCCUCAGUGCUGGUGGUGGUGCCGGGCCCCGCCUCGCGCCUGUCCGCACACACCAGCUCCUCGCGGCACGAGCUGGCACUCCGGAUGAAGGUGUUCAAGUCAUACCUGGAGGGCCGCGGAGCGGGUCUGGCGCACACACCCGAGUUCUUGAACUACUAUGCACUGCCCUACGUGCCCCAGCCGGAGCACCACCCCUCCUUUGAGGGCCUCUUCUCCGGCGGCCGCUGGGUGGACGACCAGCGACUCAAGCUCAAGGAGUUCUUGGACGCCACGGGGGCGGCGCGGGCGGCGGCUCCGGGCCUACCCGGCCUGUACCUCAUGUACGAGGAGCACCUCACACACACGGACACGGUGCCGCGGCUGUCGCCGCGCAGCAAGGCCAUGCGGGCGUCGUCACGUGCCGGCGGGCCGCGACCGCACCAGGCCUCACGCGAGGGCCGCCCGCACAGCCGAGGCAGCGGCGGCGGCAGCAACAACGGCAGCGGCGGCGGCGGCAGCGGCAGCACUCACCCGCCCGGAAUCCUGGGGCAGCUGCCGCCGCCGCACCCCACCCGCGCCAGCGCAGCCUACCACGGCCCACGACCCGCCAGCGGCGGCGGGAGCAGCAGCGGCGCCGGCGCCGCUGGCGCCUCCGCUGGCGCCGACAGCGCUCAGCUUCCUGCGGGCCGCUGGCCGGCGCUGCCGCCGCGCGCCUCCACGAGCCACGGCAGCAGCGCCGCCGCCUCCGCUGCUGCGGUGCGGGCCUCGGCGGAGGCGGCGGUGAAGGCUACGGCGCCGGUGCGUGUGUCGGCGAGGAGGUCGGGCGCCGUGAGGGGGGCCGGCUCGGCGGAUGACACCUACAGCGAUGACGGUUUCAUCCGAGACCUGGGGGAUGAUGAUGACGAUGACGACGAGGCGGAUGAGGAGCGGCAGCAGGCACUGGCGAAGGAAAAGGCGAAAGCCGCGGCGGCGGAGGCGAAGCAGUUCGGUGCGGAUGACUAUGACGACAUGGACGAUGAGGAGCUGGCGGCCAUACUCAACGCCACCGGCCGCACCAACGCCACCUCCCGCCGCGGUGGCGGCUCUGCGCGCCCGCGUCUGGGCAUGUCGCUGGAGGCCCUGGGUGGCAUCAUGGCGGCGGACGGCGGCAAGGCACACACCGUGCUCCGGGAGAGCGUCACGCUGCUGCAAGGCGGCGGCGGGACAAUGGACGAGGCGGCGGCGGCGGAGCUGGCGGCGGCCGGCGCCGCGGUGGCGGCGGCGCUCAGCCGCAGCGGGGGAUUGGGCAGCGGCGGGGCGGCGGCGGCGGCGGCGGCGGCCCGAGGGUCGGCGGCGGGUCUGGCGCCGCUGGAUUACCGCAAAGUGAAGGAGGACCUGCAGGGCUCCGACGCCUACCUUACGGCGCGGCUGCUGCAGGCGCUGCGCUGGCGCCUCACCCGCAGCCGCCCCGGCGCCGACCGCUGGGCCGUGCUGGCCUGCUUCAUCGAGGCCGACCUGCUGGACUGCCACUGCCCGCUGCCGCCGCCGCCGCCGCCGCCGGCACUGGCGGGCGCGUCCUGGGCGCCGGAGGGCGGCGAGGCGGAGCCGAGGUCGCUGCUGCAGGCGCUGGCGGGCGCGCAGCCGAGCUCCGGCACCCACUCCGGCGCCAUUGCCGCGCCCGACGUCCGUGUGAGUGACGAGCUGUCGCGCCUCGCCAACGCCGUGGCCUCGGACCGCCUGGGUCGCAACUACCUCAUGCUGCCGGGCGGCGGCGCGGUGGCGGCGCUGCUGGCGUUACUGCGGCGGGCGCCGUUGAAACCGCCGCUGGAGGAGCGCAUGCCGGCGGACGCGGUGGCGGCGGCCGUCAAGGCGGCGGCGGCGGCGGCGGCGGCGGGGGCAGCUGGCGAUGGCGGUGGUGAUGGCGAUGGUGAUGGUGGGGUGGCGGGGGAGGAGGAGGAGAAGGAGGAGCAGGAGGGAGGUGGCGGGCGGUCUUGGCGUGACGACAGCUGCACGCGUCAGGCGCUGGUGGCGCUUCAGAAGCUGAGUCUGAAGCGGCGGGCUCAGAGCCAGAUGAUCCGGCAGGGCGCUGUGGGCUGGGUGGUGGACUUCCUGCAGGAGCUGGACAGUGUGUCCCCCACAGCGGUGGAGUACGGCACCGCGCUGCUCAUGAACCUGUGCCUGCGCUCGGCGGGCCGGGCGGCGGCGGCGGCGCCGGCCCUGGUGGUGCCGCUGCUGCGCCUGUGCGAGGGACUGCUGGACACACCCAACGAGCAGGUCCGCACCUACACCCACGGCAUCCUGUACUCAGUGUUCAGUCGGCCCGAGGUGCGGGCGGCGGCGGCGGCGCGCGGCACCUCAGACCUGCUGGAGGCCACACAGCAGUCCGCGCCGCAGCAGUUCGCGGCGCAGAUUGAGCACGUGCUGCGGCAGCUGCACCACCCGGACGCCGACGAGGCCGCCGGCGCCGACCUGGAGUCGGACGACGAGGCCGCGCCCGACGGCGACGCCGACGCAGAUCCCGAGGACGAGGCGGCGGACGACCCGUACGCUGACGUGGAUGCGCUGGCGGCGGAGCCCGGGGGGCGGGCGGGGGAGAGCCUGGUGGCGGUGCCGGGCGUGCCUCACGGUGAGGAGCUGCUGUGCGGCUGUGGCUACCUGGCCUCCAGCGCCCAGGCCCGCAGCCACCUGGCCGCAGUGAGGUGCAGUGUGGCGCUGGCGGCACUGGCCAAUGCCGCGCCGCCGCCGCCGCCGCCCGGGCCGCCCGGGCCCUCGCGCCCGGGCUCGGCGCGGCCGGGCUCCGCCCGCCCCGGGUCCUCAUCGGCAGCAGCCGCGGCAGCGGCGUCAAGGAGCGGGGCAGCGGCUGGGGCCGGGGCUGAGGCCAGGGCUGCGGUGGCCGCGGGUGUUGUGGAGGAGCAGGAGGAGCACGAGAGCGAGGGCGAGAGCGAGGGCGAGCUGCCAGGCUCCUCUGGAGCCGUGCCGACAGGCGACGAUGACGUCGGUGGCGGUGGUGGUGGAGGCGUGGGGGGCGGUCUGGCUGUUGCGCAUGUGGGGCUGCGCGAGAGUGUGCUGCUGGGCACACUGCCGCAGUUCGGGACCAUGCCGCCGGAGGGGCUGCUGGGACUGGCGCAAGCCAUGGAAGCCGGGGCACUUGGUGUGGACGGAGACCCAGAGGAUGAGGAUGGAGAGGCGUUGGAAGCAAUGGCGGCGGCGGUGGCGGCGGCGCACGCCAGCCGGCCCGGUACCGCCUCCUCCUCCACUGGCCGCCAGGACACAGGCUCCACCUUUGCGCUGCUGGCCGCAAGCACCGCCAGCAGCAGCAUCGCCGCCGCGGCGCGGGCGCUGCACGCCGCGUCGCUCCGGGCCAGUCGUGCGGAGGUGCCCGAUGGAGCGGGCAGCGGCAGUGCGGGUGGCAGUGGCGUCGGUGGUAUCGAGCCGGCCAGCCUCGCAUCCACAUCAAGAGGCGGCGCGUUCGGUUCUGAGGCCUCGCAAGAGCACGAGCGGGCCGCGCUCACGGCCGAGCCCUCUGCGGCGCCGUCUUCCAUCUCGCUGGGGCCGCCGCCGUCCGCCAGCAACCCCCGGCGGCUGAGCUCGGGCGGCGUCGGCGCGACGGGCCUGGUGCCCACGCCACCGCCCGGCUCCCGCCCCGGCACGGCGCAGCCGUCCGACGGCGCGUCGCCCGCAACAACCAGCGCUGCUCGACCGCCAGGCACUGCACCCGCCAGUGGCGGGCCGCCGCCGGGGAGUAGCAGCGGCGCCCGCCGGCUCUCCGGCACCGGUUCUUCGCCGUCGAUGUUGCCGCCGGCGGCGGCGUCACCCGCGGCUUCACCCGCCGCAUCCGUUCAAAACAGCAUUGAUCUAGGCGGCGCGGUCGCCAGGCUUCCGGAACGAACCAGCCACCCCGGCACACCCAUGAGCUCACGUUCCAUCCGGCGCAGCAGCAGCGGCAAUGCCAACGCCAACUCGGUCGCUCCUGGCGGCGGAGCGUUGCUUGGCGGCGGCGGAGCCGCCGCUGCCGCUGGCGGUGCCAGCGGCGCCGCCACUCCGGUGGACCGAAGCUGGGAACCCGAGUCCAGCAGCCUGAUGGCUCUGGCGCAGCAGCGGGCGUCGGCGGCGGGCGGGGCGGCGCUGGGCCGCUCGCGCGACCUGUCGUCGUCGCAGCAGGCCGCCGUUGCCGGCACGCCGCCGCGGCCGCCGUCACGCUCCGCCUCACCGUCACUGCUCGCCACAGCCCACCCGCGGCUGGGCACAGCCGCCGGGCCCUCGCUGCUCGGCUCGCCCGCCGGCGUGGGGUUGCCGGCUGGCGGCGCCGCCGGCUCCCCGGCGCCGUUGCUUCGCUCCCGAUCAGGCACGCCAUCCGCCGGCUUUGGGUCGGGGCCGCCGUUAGCGCCGGCCACCACCUCACCGCCUCACCAACACCUGGAGGGUGCGGCGAACGGCUCGCGGCCAACCUCCGGCGCGUCAGUGGCGUCGGUGGCGGCGGCGGGCGCGCAUGAGGGGCCGCGGUCGGGCGUGCCGGCGUCAGCUCGCGUCAUGAGCCCCGGAGCGCCUGUGUCGCUUCCCUCGCCGGCGUACCACAAGGGAGCGGCGGGGGUGGCUGCGGGGACAGGCGCGGGUGCGCACGCAGCAGGGGGGCAAGGCGCUGGCGGCGGCCGCAGCGGCAGCGUUGGUGAGGAAGGGGGCGCGCAGGCCGCCAGUGGCGCAGGUGGUGCGGCCGGCGCGGACCAGAGCCCGAGCCGCAUGCGGCCGGGGGGGCGGAGCGGCAUACCGAAGACACGCAUGGGACCUCCCGCAUGACGGCAGUUCUCUGUACGAACGACAGCCAGAGAGGCGUGGAGGAGCAGGACAUGCGAGGAGCGGGACCAAUGAGCAAGGAUUAAGCAGCAGAAACGUGUGUAUGGAGUGCCGCAUGUUGGAGUGUUGGGGGGGUGGUGGCAGGGAUGCCAGGCUGGCGUGCGCGUGUGGGGGAGUGGGUUCAGGCAAGGGGCAGUGGCCCUGGUGUGGCCCGUGUAGCAUGGGUGGCGCAGGAGGUGGGCGGGUAUUGGGGACGAGACGAAGGAGAAGGAUACGGAAGACCGAGUGCUGCAACACACCAGCGGAGGCUGCUGGCAAGGGCGGCUGCGCGUUGGCAGGUGUUGCAAUGAUCAGACUAGGCCUACAUGCGUACGUGUGGGACGGCGUGUGUGAAAGUGACACGACGACGCCCGUGAUAGGAUGACAGGGUUUUAGGGGUGCAACCCCAGGGAGGUGUCUAGAUGAAUUGACAUUGAAAAGGCAUUGCAUGCAAGUUCCUUUGGUUCGGUGCGCGCAGGGCCGCAGGCACACGACUUGGACAUUCGGGCGGGCCGGUCUGCGUAGGGUAGUCCACAACCUAGCGGGCUAGUGGCCGUUGGGCGUCUUCCCAAGUCUCACACGGCAACCUGUCAUGCCAUUAUGCGGGCUUUGCAUUUCACCGGCAGAGCAGGGUUUGAUCCGUGCCCAUACGACCGGGUUGAGGGGAUGGUGUCACGGGUGGAUCGUGCUUUGCCAUAAGGCUGUGCCAUGGGGACCCUCCCGGCUACAAGAGCGCAGCGCCGGCCUUGCCCGGCGCUGCUCUUCCGUUACUCCCGUGCCCCGGUGCCCGUAACCCGAACCAACACAGAACCGACUACAUGCUGUAACGAGCUCUGGUGGAGUGACCAAUCGCUGGAUUCCGGCAUUCCCUCUCUCUCUGUAGUUCGGUAGGCGUCAUCGGAGGGCAAGCCGAGUCUAGGCACUGACGAGCGCGUAGCAACGUCACUCUACGAUCCAGGCCCAGGCGUCGCUUCUCACGGAGCAGUCUCU